AUGCCACCUUCGCGCCGGAACUCGCGCAACAGCAAGAGGAAGCCGAGCAGCUCGCGCAAGUCCAAGCCGCCGCCGUCCAUGCAGUUCAGCACGUCCAUCUCGAGCGUGUCGAGCGAGCCCACGCCCAUUCUCGAGUCGUCGCUCGCCAGCUCCUACCAGAAGCACGUGCUGCGGCGUCACCAGCCCAGCAGCAACAACAACAACCGAGGCUCUCGUCGUCACGGAGGCGGAGCUGGUCCGCGCGACUCGCCCUUCACGCCUCGUCGACCUGUCGGUGCAGUGCCCGAGCUCUUCGUGACGUUCCGCCAUGUCUCGCUCGCUGUGGACGUCCCGGUGUCGCCUGCCGCUGCGGCGGCCGCAGCUCAAGCGGCUUCGGGUCAAAUGGGGCGCGAGACGCUGGCGGCCAAGCAACUGCCGACCAUCUCGAACCACCUGCGCGCCAUCGCCGCCGGCCUCACCGCGUCCAAGACGUUCGUGCGGCGACAGAUCCUCAAGAACGUGACGGGCGCCUUCACGCCCGGGUCCAUGACGCUGCUGCUCGGCCGCUCCGGAUCGGGCAAGUCGGUGCUGCUCAAGCUGCUAGGCGGCAGACUCGACGUGAGCGCGCAAGGCGUGACUAUGGACGGCGAGGUGUCGUACAACGGCUUGAGUCGGCAGGAACUCAAGACACAACUCCCGCAGUGCGUGGCGUACGUGUCCCAGCUGGACACGCACCUGCCCGUGAUGACCGUCAAGGAGACGCUGGACUUCGCCUUCGAGUGCUGCGCCAUCAACGCCAACGCGAGACCCGUCGGCACCGUGUCCAAGUCGCCGGCGUUCGAUUAUCCGCUGGCGCUCUCGACCACGUAUCUCGGCGGGGAGCGCGACCCGGUGACUGUCACGCGUGAACUCGGCUUGACCCGCUGUCAGGGCACCAUCGUGGGCGACGAGCGCAGUCGAGGCGUCUCUGGAGGCGAGAAGAAGCGCGUGACGACGGGCGAGAUGGCCUUCGGACCCCACGCGGUGUCGCUCAUGGACGAUAUCACGACGGGCUUGGACAGCUCUGCCGCCUUCGACGUGGUGAACGCCCAGCGCCGCCUGGCCAGACAGCAGCGACAAACGGUGGUCAUCUCGCUGCAGCAGCCAGCGCCUGAAGUGUUGGCUCUGUUCGACAACGUGCUGCUGCUGGCUGACGGGGAGGUGCUCUACCACGGACCUCGCGCGCACAUCCAGGCGUACUUCGAAGCGCUGGGCUUCGUGUGCCCCCCGGAGCGUGGCCUCGCUGACUUCCUGUGCGACUUGGCGUCUCCGCAGCAGAUCCAGUACGAGCAAUCGCACGCGCCGAUGCCUGGACGACGUCGUCACCCACGCAGUGCCAACGAGUUCGCGGAUCUGUGGAUCAUGUCGCCCAUGUACGAGGCGAUGGUGGAGGAGCUGGACCAGCUCGACAACGACACGGAGGCGUACAGCCAGAUGCACAGCAAGAACGGAGAGCGGGGGCUGUACUUCGACCAGGAGGCACUACUCAAGGUGCCGCCGUUCCGCCAGACGUACCUGCGCAGCACGUGGACGGUGAUGAAGCGCCAGCUGAAGCUCUUCGUGCGCAACAAAGUCUUCUUCGCCGGCCGAGUGCUGCUGGAUCUGCUCGUGGGGCUGAUGCUAGGCUCCAUGUACUACGGCAUCGACCUGGCCGACUCGCAGGUGACACUGGGCGUCGUGUUCUCCUGCGCGCUCUUCCUCGGACUCGGUCAAUCAGCCACGCUGGCGCCGUACUUCGACGCGCGCGAGGUCUUCUACAAGCAUCGCGGAGCCAACUUCUACCGCACGUCCAGCUACGUUCUAGCCUCUUGUGCUAGUCAGAUCCCGCUUGCAGUCACCGAAGCCUUCCUCUUCAGCGGCCUCGUGUACUGGAUGAGCGGCUUCGUCUCGACCGUCGAGCACUUCCUCGUGUUUGUGCUGUACAUGCUGCUGACGAUCUUGGUCUUUAUCGGCGAGUACUUCUUCCUGGCUGCUGCGUGCCCGACCCUGCACGAGGCUCAGCCGGCAUCGACGUUGGCGCUACUGUUCUCCAUCCUGUUCGCGGGCUUUGCCGUGUCCCGGGAGCAACUUCCGUCAGCGAUGCGGUGGAUCUACUGGAGCAAUCCGCUCGCUUGGGCGUCGCGCGGGAUUUUGGUGAGUCAGUACCGCAGCAGUGAACUCGACGUCUGCGAGUACGGCGGCAUCGACUACUGCAAGACGUACCAGGGCCAGACCUUGGGCGAGUACUCCCUCGGACUGUAUGACGUUCCAUCGGACCCCAAGUGGAUCAUGUUGGGCCUUGUUUUCCUCCUGGCAGUGUACGUUGGUAGUAUGGUCCUGUCGUUCGUGAUGCUGGAGUACCGUCGUCACGAGUCCUUCCCUGUGCUGCCCCCUCCACUACCGGCUUCGUACUCGGACACCAUCCCGACACCGAGACAACCGAAGGAGUCGUACGCAAUGCUGUCCACGCCCCACGGAGAUGACGACGAUCUGCUGGAGAGCGACAUGACGGACUUCCUGCCACCGAAGGGCGGCGUACUGGGCGAGAACGGAGACUCGAGUAACUCGUUCAACGCCUCACAAGGCGUCGGCACCGACCCGGGCGACAUCCUGGUGCGCAUGAUGCCUCAAUGGGAAGUUCCGCCGGUGACUCUGGCCUUCCAAGACCUGCGAUACAGCAUCACUGUGCCUGCUGAUGCCGUUCCAGACCCUGCCGGCCAGGGCCAACCGGGCGCCGAGGGAGCUCCUGGUCGUCCAGUUUCCGUGGACUCCCGAGCCAAAGCAGGCAAGAACAAGGAAAUGGUCACGCGAGAGCUAUUGAAGGGCGUCACGGGCUACGCGCUGCCGGGUACUAUGACCGCGCUGAUGGGCUCUACAGGAGCUGGUAAAACGACUCUGAUGGAUGUGUUGGCUGGCCGCAAGAGUGGCAAAGGAGGCAGCAAGAAGAACGGCGCUCCAUGUCUUCGUGGUAGAGUGCUGUUGAACGGAGUGGAUGCCACCGAGCUGGCUGUGCGGCGAUGCACCGGAUACUGCGAACAGACCGAUGUGCACUCCGACGCGUCGACAUUCCGUGAGGCGCUGCAGUUUUCGGCGUAUCUUCGUCAAGGUGAUCGUGUGGCCCCCGAGCGAGUUGAAGAGAUCGUCGACGAAUGUCUGGACCUACUGGGGCUGAGUGACGUGGCUGGGCAGCUCAUUCGCGGGAGUUCGAGCGAGCAACUCAAGCGGUUGACACUCGGAGUGGAGCUCGCAGCUCAGCCUAGUGUGCUGUUCCUCGACGAACCGACCAGUGGGCUGGACGCUCGAGCUGCCAAGUCUCUCAUGGACGGAGUCCGCAAGGUGGCGGACUCGGGGCGCACCGUCAUCUGUACCAUCCACCAACCGUCCACGGAGGUCUUCCUGCUAUUUGACUCGCUUCUGCUGCUGCAGCGCGGUGGCGAGACGGUGUUCUUUGGCGAGAUAGGCCCAGGUGGUGACACCUUGGUGAGCUACUUCCAAGGAUUGGGUCUUCCCCGGAGCGCACCGACCUUCAAGCCUGGCGACAAUCCAGCCACGUGGAUGCUGGAUGUGAUCGGCGCUGCUAGAAACCCUCGACUUCAACAGCUUGAUGCGUCGCAAGCUUCCUCCGUGUGCUCGGAUAUCUCGCGUCUGCACCAAGACGACAGUGUGGAUUUCGUCGCUGCGUACAAGGCCAGUCGGCUGAAGCAGCGUCUGGAUGCCAAGCGCGCGGCUCCAGGGAUGUUCAUGCCGUCCGACCGACUGGCGCCCGUGACGUUCGCUCAGCGCCGAGCUGCGAGCGAUGGACUGCAGUUCACCAUGCUGCUACGCCGCUUUGCUCGGCUGUACUGGCGCACUCCCUUCUACACGUUCACGCGCAUGGUGACAGCGUUUACUCUCGGGUUGAUGUUCGGUUUGGUGUACUCGGGUAGCAACGACUUCACCUCGUAUCAAGGCGCCAACGGAGCGGUCGGACUCAUCUUCUUCUCCACGUGCUUUCUCGGCGUCGGCGCCUACGUCCACGUGCUUCCGCUUGCCUUCGAAGAGCGCGGGCCGUUCUACCGUGAGCGCUCGUCCGAAACGUACGGUGCGCUCUGGUACUUCGCCGCCUCCUCGGUAGUGGAGAUCCCGUGCGCAGCUAUCGCGUCGCUGAUCUUCGUGGGCGUGUUCUACCCGAUGGCCGGCUUCUCCGCGUACGGCGGCUUCGCCCAAGUCGUGGUCUACUGGCUGGUGCUGACCGUGCACAUCCUGUUCCAGACGUACUUCGGCCAGUUCUUUACGUUCGCCAUGCCCAGCAUAGAGCUGGCCGCCGUCUGGGGGUCGCUCUUCGACUCCAUCUUCCUCAUGUUCAUGGGCUACAACCCGCCGGUCUCCAGCAUCCCGGACGGCUACAAGUGGCUCUUCCAGAUCGUGCCGCACCGCUACACGUUCGAGGUGCUCACGGCGCUGGUGCUGGGCGACUGCCCCGACGAGCAACUGCAGCAGAUCGCGGAGGCCGCGGCCUCCAACACGACCAUCGACGUCUCGCACUGGCCGCUCGGCUGCCAGCCGCUCACGGACGCGCCGCCCGCCGUGGCUAACAUCCCGCUCACCUCGUACAUCGACGAAGUGUUCGGAGCGCGGCGCGAGGACACCGCGUGCUCCGUGGCCGUCGUGGUGGGCGUUCUACUCGCUAUGCGUCUGGCCACGUAUAUCGUCAUGCGCGUCGUCAACCACCAGAAGCGCUAG